AUGGGGUAUUGGAAGUAUCUGAUCUUUGUGUAUAAUCUAUCAUAUCAGCUGCUGAUUGCGGUCAAAUCGCAGAGUCAUACUAAAUAUUCAAAACGUUUCACCGGUGAGAUCGUAGUGCCGCGUUACACAUGUGGAUGUAACAAAUACGUUUGUACAUACAUACAUAUCCGAGUUAUAAAUUUCGGAACUUCGAAAAGGUUAUGUCACUCGUGCAGCAAUAUGGCGGCGUGUGAAAGUGAAGAUUUUCAGAAGGUUUUGGAGUAUAGAAUUUUCAAAUGCUCCAGCUACUCGUCGACCUACGUACCUGAGAAUAUUCUCGUCGACGUACCAUCGGAUCAAUCGUCUCGCUGGUCCUCUGACAAUGACAAUCAUCCCCAGUUUCUCAUUCUCAAACUCCAACGCCAGUCCAUCGUCAAAACAAUCACGUUUGGUAAAUAUGAAAAAACUCAUGUUUGUAACAUCAAGAAAUUCAAAGUUUUCGGUGGACUUGAACCGGAGAAUAUGAUGGAGCUACUAGAAAGUGGUUUGAAAAACGACUCUAUGCCAGAAACAUUCGACCUUAAACAUGUGGUCGGAAAUGACGAGAACUACUUUCCGAUUAAGUAUCUGAAAAUUCUUCCCCUGCAAUCCUGGGGCCCCAGUUUUAACUUUUCUAUCUGGCAUGUGCAACUCGCGGGAGUCGAUGACCAGAAACUUGUCAGAAGUAGCAUCGAAUGGUUUAAUUCUUACCGUCAGAAAGAGGUGAUAAGACUGUGUAUGAAGCAUUUUCGCCGUUUGGAACAACCGGAAAUUGUCGAUACUCUGCAAAGAGUGACUGGGGUGAAUCUUGAGGAUUCCAGACUGUCAACAUUGUAUGAUAUAUUGGUAACCAAGGGGGAUCACUGCCAGGCCGAAAGAUUUAUUAGCAACGCUGUAAACACGGGUCUUUUGAAUGAGUAUAUAAAUGCUCAGGCUUACCGAGCUAUAUGGACAAAAAUAUUUUCCAAGGAACCAAAACCUGGAAUGAGGGGUGGGCAUCAAAUGGUUUUGGACCCAUCGGCAGAAGCAUUGUACCUGUUCGGUGGCUGGGAUGGAAAUCAAGAUUUGGCUGAUCUUUGGACCUAUAAUGUAUCAACUGACAAAUGGCAUCUCAUUUGCAAAGACACAGAGGCAGUGGGUGGUCCUACCGCCCGGUCUUGUCACAAAAUGUGUUUGGACCCAGAAAGGCGUCAGUUGUUCACUUUGGGACGAUAUUUAGACACUCAAUAUCGCUCGCCGGAAAAUCUGAAGAGUGAUUUUUACGUUUAUGAUAUUGAGUCUGAUAAGUGGACGCAGAUUUCGGAAGAUACCGGAGCCGUCGGUGGUCCUCAAUUGAUUUUCGAUCACCAAAUGUCUAUGGAUGUCGCCAAGAGAACUAUCUAUAUUUUUGGUGGACGUGUUCUUGUCCCAUCAGUUGUGGUCGACGAUAACCACGGAGUUUUACCAAACAUGACAGAACCAGUAUUUUCUGGAUUGUAUUCCUACCAUGUGCCAACUGGAACUUGGAAUCGACUCGCUUGUGAUAUCGCGAGACCAAGUCCACCUAAUAUACCUACAAUCAGAUCCAGAGUUGGACAUUCCAUGUUAUUUCAUCCGGAAUACAGAAAACUAUAUAUAUUUGCGGGACAGAGGAGUAAAGAGUAUCUAAACGAUUUUUUUACCUUCGAAGUCGACACCGAGACAUUGGAACACAUCAAUCUCAGUGACUUGGGAAACCGAGAUUCAAAUCAUGUUCCUGCCGCUGGUUUUACUCAGAGAGCUACCAUCGAUCCUGAACUUGGCGAGAUUUACGUUUUAUCUGGUCUGAGCAAAGACAAAGAGAAGAGAGAUGACAAUGUUCAAAAUUCUCUGUGGGUCUACAACAUUAAAGAGAAUCGAUGGUCUUGCAUAUAUCGUAAUGAAAACGUUGGUGAAAAGUAUUGGAAUAGUAUGCAGGAUCAUGAGCCUUGCCCUAGAUUUGCCCAUCAGCUUGUAUACGAUCAUAUUCAAAAGGUCCAUUACUUAUUUGGAGGCAAUCCAGGGCGCCUUUGUCUGCCAAAAUUGAGGCUGGAUGAUUUUUGGCAAUUGGAACUUUGCAGACCCUCCCACGAACAGAUUUUGAGGAAAUGCAAGCUGAUAAUAAGGAAGCACAAAUUUGAAGAACUCGCUAUAAAGAAUAGCAUCGAGGCUCUCGAGUACCUGCAGACACAAGUAUACGAAAUCAUUGAUCAUGCCGAUCCGGAGCAAACUAAAGAGUUCCAGUUACUGGCUUCAGUUCUUUUCCGAGAGCAAGAAAGAAGCAUGGAUGACAGUUUAGAUCUGGAUUCAACAUCCAGCACUAGUUCCAGUGAUCGAAUUGGUUCAGUGAUGCCAAAGAAUUUUACGAUGCGCGACAUUCACGUUCGCCGUACAGAAUUGUUUGAUGAACUUACCAAAUUUUUUCCUGAAAAUUUAACUCAGCCUCGAGCAAAUCUUAUAGACCUUUUGCCAUUGUGAUAUUUUUAACCUGGUCAAUGUACUUAAAAGUCAUACUAAUUUCACGAUUAUUUCUCGAUUCAGACACCAAAAUCAUACUUGGCUUAUGUUUUCUUUAUUGUAUGUAUAAUUCAACAACAACAGGUAACAGACUGUUGGUCUUUUCGUUUAACGGGUAUAAUAUCGAAGUCACGUGUUAUUUAUAAUAUUUUA